GUCCAAGUUGAAUCGACACAGAAAGAAGUACGUACAGCUCAAAGUUACUUUCAUAUCACUUACACACCUGAAAUUACUUAUCAUGUGUCAAACAAACUUCAAACAUUUUUUCUACCUCGUAUUAUUCAUUAUAGUCAGAAGCUCUACCGCACUGCAUAACGUUGCUGACGUCGAGGUUAAAGUUUAUGAGUGUCCCCCGUGGGAAGGCGUCCCCACGUACUGGCCUUAUCCCUACGACUGCCGGAAGUUUAUUGAGUGCAGCAACGGGGAAGCGAUUGUUCACAGUUGUCCCCCUUUUACCGUGUGGGACCAGGCCUUGUUCGUUUGCAAUCAUGAGAGUGUGACGCCUUGCCUUAUUGUGACGACGGAGACGCCGGCAUCUACAUCAACUACAUCAGGAUCUACGACAGCCACACCAACUACAACUACACCAACUACAACUACACCAAUUACAAAUACACCAACUACAACUACACUAACUACAACCACCACACCCACGCCAGACCCAGUCAUGGAUGGAGGGGUAUACACCAUCGUUAAUUCAGCGACAGGGAUGGCGAUCAGCGUUUAUAAAUCAAAUCUUACCAACGGAAACAAAGUCCAUGCCUUGCCUCAUCUGCCAAGUUGUUCAGAUUUAUCUCAAGUAUGGCAAUUACGAGAUCCCUGGUCCGAUGUGGACUAUUACUAUAUUCGCACCGGCCUUAGGAAUCAGUAUGGACAGCAGUGGGGAUUUUCAUUGCGCGCUGGUGAAAAUAUGACCCCAGACAUUCAGGUAGACAUGGGGACGUAUGGGGUUUGGAAGUUGGACCCAGUUCCGGGAACUCGGUUUUACACACUUUAUCAACGUAAUUAUGGCAGGUUUGGCAACAUUCGAUAUACCGGAGUGGCCAACGACAUCGGAUUCGAUCUGGAUAUUGUGGAGCCCAAUAGUACUGUUUCUGAACAACAAUGGGGAUUUGUGAGAUGUCCAGGAUAUACAUAAAUAAUUGGCAAAAAAUUGGUCGUGCAAUAAAACAACUUCUAAUUUCAGUAAA